UCCUCCAUCCUCCUCCAACCACUGUCAUCCAUUGCACCCCCAAUUCAUCCUCAACUCAUCUCCACUCCGACCGCCAACACCGUCAGAAUGGUUGCCAUCGCCCGUUCCUUCGGCGCCGCCCGCGUGGCCGCCCGCGGCUUCUCCAACGCUGCCCGCCAGCCCGCUUCCACCAACAGCCUCGUUGUCCGCUCCGCGUUCCGCAACAACGCCGCCCGCAACAUGAUCCAGAAGCGUGGUGUCGUCGUUGAGUCGACCGCCGCCGCCAUGGUCGCUGCCGCCAAGAUCCAGGGUGCCGGUCUCGCUACCAUCGGUCUUGCCGGUGCCGGUGUUGGUAUUGGAACGGUUUUCGGUGGCCUCAUCCAGGGUGUCGCCCGCAACCCUUCCCUCAGGGGUCAGCUCUUCCAGUACGCCGUUUUGGGUUUCGCCUUCGCUGAGGCCACUGGUCUUUUCGCGCUCAUGAUGUCCUUCUUGCUCCUCUACGUCGCGUAGAUGUGUGCAUUGCAUCGACUCGGAUACUUCGGGGUCUUCGGCAUGGGGCCGCAAGGUGGAAAAUUUGCGGAUGGUGUGCAUAUGGACGACUACCUCUUUUCCUACCUUAGUGGCCGGUCAGAUUGUGUAAAACAUGUACUUUAGACGAGCAAUCUGAAGAGCAAGCUACCACUUCCUU